AUGUUGGAGGUGUGGUCCAACUGGAAGAUUACUCGCAUCAAAGAGAAGGUUGAGGAGCAGUCCGGUGUGCCACCACGACAGCAGAGAUUGAUCUUCAGUUGGAGACAGAUGCUGGACGACAAGACCGCUAAGGAGUUCAACAUCUCCGCAGGAUCAGUUCUCCUUCAUGUUCUUGCUCUACGUGGCGGCUUUUGAGAUCGCGGACGGUUGUUGUGUGUGUCGAAAUCGUGUUAUAGCAAGGCAGAAAACUCAAUCGCAAGCUGUACUUUGUGUUAUCAGACAUCAUCAAUAUCUGAUUUUCACUUCUUAUAUUACUCUCAUCUUGUAUCGCCCAUCUUCGGGGAUGGGUAACCCAGAAUGGUAGAUAUCUCCUUUCUACUCAUGCAGCUAAUCAUUUUCAGGUGGUCUCACGUACUUCUGAUGGAUCUUCUCCGACGAUGUCUGUGUCUAGCUUGGCAGCUCCU